AAUUCGCGAGGGCUUGGCGUUCGCAUAUAAUCUUCCAUUCAUUCUCCUCGACGUCGGCUUUCGCGAUUCCUCUCAAAGGAUCACAGUAGCAGAAGAUAGCAAGCUCGUGCGAAGAUGCUAAGGGCGCAGAAUCUAUACUACCACUUCCCCGUUCCCAGGAACAUAUUCUCUCCAUGCUCCGCCGCCGCGGCCUCCGCGGCCGCCGCCGCCACAUUAGGCCGGCGGAACUGCAUCGGCACCGCGUUCAAUUGUUGCAGUGCCAAACCCGAAAUGAGGCAAUUGUGGUUUCCACCUCUGUUUCCGUUUGUACUCCCGUCCAUCACGACGAAGUCGGGUUUGGCUGGCCUUGCCGGAGCUGUGUCCUUCUCCAUGGCUCUUUCGUCUGUGGUGGAGGCGAAGGAGCCAGUCUCGUUGGAGUCCUUGCCAAAGGACGUGGUUCUUUAUCAGUAUGAGGCCUGCCCCUUCUGCAACAAGGUUAAAGCAUUUUUAGACUAUCAUGAUAUACCAUACAAGGUUGUGGAAGUAAACCCUUUUGGCAAGAAGGAAAUCAAGUGGUCUGACUAUAAGAAGGUUCCUAUUCUAGUUGUGGACGGUGAACAGCUGGUGGAAUCGUCAGAUAUAAUUGAUAAAUUAAACCAAAGGAUCCAUCCUGAGAAGACCAUUCUUGACGAGGAGGAAUCAAAAUGGAGGAGGUGGGUUGACGAGCAUCUUGUGCAUGUCUUAUCUCCAAAUAUAUAUAGAACAAUUUCAGAGGCGUUAGAGUCUUUCAGCUACAUAACUAGUCAUGGCAACUUCAGUUUUCAUGAGAGGCUUACCGCUAAGUACGCUGGAGCUGCAGUUAUGUAUUUGGUGUCUAAGAAGCUAAAGAAAAAAUAUAACAUCACAGAUGAGCGUGCCGCUUUAUACGAGGCAGCUGAAACAUGGUCUAAAGCCAUUGAUGGCAAAGAAUUUCUGGGUAAGCCAUUCAUUUUAAUUGAUUGAAAAUAGGCAAAAUUUAUUCAAAGAGAGCGAAAAGAAUAAAAAAUAUGAAAAGAAAAAGAUUGGUUCAUAAUAACACAAGAAUUUUAUAUAGAUUCACUCUAUUGAUGGCUCUUUUCCAUUUUCGCGGCUCAAGUCACUACAGAAAACCACGCUGUUACCGUUGGACAAAAUCUGCAGGUAACAGUAGAAAUCCGCCGAAAAUUACCUCUUUCCGGUGCAAUACCGGUGAAAAUUGGUCCGACGGUAAUUCGCGCGUCGGUAAAUCCAAACUGGCAUAAACUUUCCUCCGGAAAGGUUUUCGGCGGCAUUACCGUAGAAAAAAUAUGGGAAACCGGCGUCUUUUUAUGUGUCAAUUCCGACGUUUCCUCCGUCGGUAUCUCCGACGGAACAUGUACGCUGAAAUUUCCUGCGGAUAAUCCAUUGCCCUUCUCCAUCGCAUGGUUAUCGGCGAAAAUUACCGACGGAUUAGCCUCCAGU